AUGUCGGCAAAAUUCUCAAAGGACGCUGUUGCGUCGCAUAACAGCGCGGGGGAUCUCUACGUCGUGAUUGACGAGGAUGUUUUCGAUUUGACCAAAUUCCAGGAUGAUCAUCCAGGUGGAAAGAAGAUCCUACAAAGAGUUGCGGGCAAGGAUGCCUCCAAGCAGUUCUGGAAAUACCACAGUCCCGCAGUUCUGAAGAAAUACCGAAAGCAGCUCCAAGUUGGGUCCCUGGAUACAAAGAAGGAUGUUGCUCCUCCCGCAGCCCCAGCCCCACCAGCGGCUCCUCGUGCGGAAAAGAAGGCCGAUGCUGGCUCAACCCUCACCAGAGCUCCUUCGACCCCGCUAGAGCCUUUCGGUGACCUAGUUCCAUUUGCUGACCCAGCUUGGUAUCAGGGGUACUUUUCCCCUUACUAUAACGAAACUCACGCUGCCCUUCGUGAUGAAGUUCGCCAAUGGGUUGAGACUGAGAUCGAACCCCACGUUCAUGAAUGGGACGAGGCCAAGAAGGUGCCCGAUUAUAUCUACAAGCAAAUGGGAGAACGAGGCUAUCUUGCUGGUUUGCUCGGGGUGGGAUAUGACGCAAGCCUCUCGAAAAAUACCGUCAAGAGCGUUCCCCCCGAAAAGUGGGAUUUGUUCCAUGAGAUUAUUGUCACCGACGAGCUCUCCCGCUGUGCCAGUGGAGGUGUCGUCUGGAACCUCAUCGGUGGCUUCGGUAUCGGCUGUCCACCCCUUCUCAAGUUUGGACGAAAGGAAGUUGUCCAGAGAGUUGUUCCCGGUAUUCUUGCUGGAGAUAAGCGCAUCUGCCUUGCCAUUACGGAACCAGAUGCCGGUUCCGAUGUGUCGAGCUUGACGUGCGAGGCCAAAUUGACUCCCGAUGGAAAACACUACAUCGUUAACGGUGAGAAGAAGUGGAUUACAAACGGCGUGUGGGCAGACUAUUUCACCGUGGCUGUGCGCACUGGUGAAAAUGGAAUGAACGGCGUCAGCGUCUUGCUCAUCGAGCGUGACUUUGGCGGCGUCAGCACGCGUAGAAUGGACUGCCAAGGUGUCUGGAGCAGUGGUACUACAUACAUUACCUUUGAAGAUGUCAAAGUUCCUGUCGAGAAUUUGAUUGGCAAGGAGAACAAAGGUUUCAAGGUCAUCAUGACCAACUUUAACCACGAGCGUGUCGGCAUUAUUAUUCAAUGUCUCCGUUUCUCUCGCGUCUGCUAUGAGGAAUCUGUCAAAUAUGCCCACAAACGCCGCACAUUCGGCAAGCGUCUAAUCGACCAUCCUGUCAUUCGGAUGAAACUGGCACACAUGGCCCGUCAGAUCGAAGCAUCUUACAACUGGCUCGAAAACAUCAUAUACCAAUGCCAGAACUACGACGACAUGGAAGCCUCACUCCGUCUUGGUGGCGCCAUUGCCGGCCUGAAAGCGCAGUCGACUACCACUUUUGAAUUCUGCGCACGGGAAGCCAGUCAGAUCUUUGGUGGACUCAGCUACAGCCGUGGUGGGCAAGGUGGCAAGGUCGAACGUCUGUAUCGCGAUGUCAGAGCCUAUGCUAUCCCCGGAGGCAGCGAGGAAAUCAUGUUGGAUCUCAGCAUGAGACAAAGCUUGAAGGUCCACAAGGCCUUUGGCAUGAACUUGUAA